AUGUAUAUACGGAUGGUUCUCCCAGCUGAACAGACGACAGCUAUUGCCAAAAUCAUGCGUGACCGUCAAGAAAGACAGCCUCCUGGCUCCCUCCUCAAUCACUCGCGAGUGUCUAAUGACCCGCUCCUCGAACCUCCUCAAUCACUCCGAGUGCCUAAUGACCCGCUCCUCGAACCUCCUCAAUCACUCCGAGUGCCUAAUGACCCGCUCCACGAACCUCCUCAAUCACCCCGAGUGCCUAAUGACCCGCUCCUCGAACCUCCUCAAUCACUCCGAGUGCCUAAUGACCCGCUCCUCGAACCUCCUCAAUCACUCCGAGUGCCUAAUGACCCGCUCCACGAACCUCCUCAAUCACCCCGAGUGCCUAAUGACCAUCUCCUCGAACCUCCUCAAUCACUCCGAGUGCCUAAUGACCCGCUCCUCGAACCUCCUCAAUCACUCGCGAGUGCCUAA